UGCUCUCUCCUCGUUCCUCUUUUGUGCGCCUCCCGCGAUCUUUAGACCGAUUGUGUUGGUUUUUCCGAAACCCUAGAUUCUCUCUCACGGCGAUCCGCAACGGUUAAAGUUCGGUUUUAUGUCCUAAUUCAAUCGGAAAACGGCUCCUUGGAUUGGUGAGAGAGCGAUCUUUGGAUCGGAACCGGGGUUUCCAGGUGCCGUUCGGGUGGAUUGGAUGAGGGAACUGUCGUAAAGGGUUUUGGUGAAGGUGACGCGGAGCUCCAUGAAGAUGGCGCCAGAAACUGCAAUGGGUGGGAAUUUUGAUAACGAUUUCGAGAGGGAUAUUGAGGUUUUGCUCCGGGAGCAGCAUCAGAGUCGAGGUUUCUUCGAUCUCAACCGGGAUGAGCUCAAUUUCCGGAGUGGUAGCGCGCCUCCUACUGUGGAGGGAUCAAGGACCGCCUUUAGGAGCUUGUUUGAGCAUGAUGUGUUCGCUGAGACCCCUCGCCUUGUCGGUGGCCAGGAUUCCGGAGAAUUGUUGUCCGAGGAGGAUUUGAGGUCACAUCCAGCUUAUUUAUCCUACUAUUAUUCCAAUGAGAAUCUUAAUCCGAGGAUGCCUCCGCCUGCAAUAUCGAAGGAGGACUGGCGUGUACAACAGAGGUUUCGUGCAGGGGCAUCAUUGCUCGGAGGAGUCGGUGAUAGUCGGAGCAGAAAAGAAUCCAUGGGUGGUGAUAACCGAAGCAGCUCCCUUUUCUCAUUGCAACCAGGCUUCCUGAUGCAUGAUGGGGAACGGGAAAUGCUGGAGCCCAGUCGAGGGGUGCUGCCACUGAAUCUAUCUCGGCAGCAGUCAGGGGAAUGGCUUGAGAGGAGUGGCGAUGGGUUUAUUGGGCUACCAGAUGUUGGUCUUGGCAUGAGGAGAAAGAGUUUUGCAGAUGUACUUCAGGAGGAACUCAGCCAUCCACCUUCUGUUAUUGGGCAUAUUGCACGCCCAGUUAGUCGAAAUGCAUAUGAUAAUGUUGAUCCAAUAAGAGGUCUGGAUUCACCACUAAUGCAGCUUCAUGAUGGCUCUGACGCUUUAGGUGGCAUGCAAUCUGGGACAACUUCCUCCAGUCUUACUAGGGUCCAAAGCCUUGGGUCAUCAAUUUCACAUUCCUUUGCAUCUGCAUUGGCUUCCUCUCUUUCCAGAAGUACAACCCCUGAUCCUCAAUUGAUUCGGAGAUCACCAAGCCCCUGCCUUCCGCCUGUGGGAGUGAGAAACAGUGAUAUUUAUCGACCAAAUGGCUUAGGUGGUGUUUCAUCUCAUAUGGCUGACUGUGGUGAUGUUGUGGCUGGUUUAUCUGACUUGAACUUGUCUAGAAGAAUAACAUUAGAUGGAGAAGGCCAUGUACCAGGCCAACCUAACGAGGAAUUUCCUAAUCAAUCUGGAUUGCUUUAUGAUAUACCUGGCGAUGACAGACAAUUUCUGCAGCAAAAAAUCAUUGAUAAAUCCUUGUCACCGAUGCUGAAAAAUCCCAAUAAUGUUGUUGGAUACAGUGAUUCGUCCAAGAAAACUGGUAGUUCAACAGACUUUGGUUUACCAGAAUUGUCAAAGCAACCCUCCUAUAAUAAAGUUUACAAGAAAGUACCUUCUGUAGGUACAACAAUUUCUAGAAAUCUACAUCCAAAUGCUGAUGUCCCGAGUAUUGACUUUGGUGGUUCAAGCUCAAAAUCUUAUAGUAGCAAUCACGGACUGCAAACAAUGCUAAAUAAUCAGCUAGAUGCAGGACAGUAUCUGAAUACAACUGGGAAUCAGGUGGCCUCUGGUUUCCAGGGACAAAUUAUGGACUCUCUGUUUUCCCAGCAUUUACAGAGUGCUUCUGAAUCACUAGUACAUGCUGCUGGAAGUUUGAAUUCUUAUUCGGGAAGGAAUUUUCUUGGUGUUCCGCAGAUGGACUUGCCCGAGUAUCAAAAUGCAUAUCUUGGAUCCUUGCUUGCCCAACAAAAAUUACAAUAUGGCAUGCCUCUCCUGAGCAAAUCUGGUGAUUCAGAUCAUGGCUUCUAUAGCAGUCAUUUUUUUGGUGUUGGUAUGCCAUAUCCAGGAAGUCAUCUAUCUACUGCUAUUCACACUCCUACCUUGGGUUCUGGAAGCCCUGUAAGGCAGGGUGAGCGGUUACGCAUAUCCUCCAAUAUAAGGACUGCAACUGGAGGGUCCAUUGGAUCAUGGACCACAGAAAAUGGUGCCAUGAAAGAAGGUUACAUGUCGUCUUUGUUGGAAGAAUUUAAGAACAACAAGACUAGAUCUUUUGAGCUGUCAGAUAUUGUAGGUCAUGUUGUUGAAUUCAGUGCGGAUCAGUUUGGAAGUCGUUUUAUCCAACAAAAACUUGAGACUGCUACAGAGGAAGAUAAGAACAAGAUUUUUCCUGAGAUACUUCCUAAAGCUCAUUCUUUGAUGACUGAUGUUUUUGGGAAUUAUGUCAUUCAGAAAUUCUUUGAGCAUGGUACAGAAAGUCAGAGAAAGCAACUUGCAGGUCAACUUAAGGGUCAUGUUUUGCCUCUCAGUCUUCAAAUGUAUGGUUGUAGGGUAAUCCAGAAGGCACUAGAAGUGGUUGAUGUAAAUCAACAGACUGACAUGGUGCUAGAGCUUGAUGGACAAAUAAUGAAGUGUGUGCGUGAUCAGAAUGGCAACCAUGUAAUCCAGAAAUGUAUCGAAUGUGUUCCUCAGGAAAAAAUACAAUUCAUAAUUGAAUCAUUCUUUGGGCAUGUCGUGGCCCUGUCCACCCACCCAUAUGGUUGUCGAGUCAUACAGAGAGUCCUGGAGCACUGUGAUGAUCCAAAAACUCAAAGCAUCAUGAUGGAUGAGAUCAGGGAGUCUGUUUGUACUUUGGCACAAGACCAAUAUGGGAAUUAUGUUAUUCAACAUGUUUUGCAGCAUGGUAGACAAGAAGAACGGUCUGAUAUUAUAAGCCAGCUCACUGGACAGAUAGUAAAAAUGAGCCAGCAAAAAUAUGCAUCAAACGUAGUAGAGAAGUGCUUGACUUAUGGUACCCCUGAGGAACGCCAACUUUUAAUAAAUGAAAUGCUUGGGUCAACUGAUGAAAAUGAACCCUUACAGGUGAUGAUGAAGGACCAAUUUGCUAAUUAUGUUGUUCAAAAGGUUCUUGAGACAUGUGAUGAUAAAAACCGUGAACUGAUCCUUUCACGCAUCAAGGUUCACUUGAAUGCACUGAAGAGGUACACAUAUGGGAAACAUAUAGUUACCCGUGUCGAGAAGCUUGUUGCUGCAGGAGAAAGGCACAUUGGGGUGCCCUCGCAUUCAUCAUGAGAAGUCGCAGUCUCACUGGAUCGUUGUACAGAUAAUGAGGCUAGUGUAACCAUCUAGUUAACCUUUAUUUUCCGCAUAAAUGGCGAGUUUGAGCCUGACCUCUCUUAAUGUAAAUAAAAGACGGUCAUGUUCGAAUAAGAGUUUUCCCCUGAUCUCAUGUAUAUUUGCACCCUGUAUUCAAGUAAUAGAUAAAGUAACAGCAAUGUUAUCAAAUAUGAUGUGUAGACAAAUGUAGAUCUUUGGCCUUUGAUGCAUCCAGAACUGUAAAUUUGAGUGA